AUGGCCGCAUGGUUCGGUGACAGUGGUUCCUCCGAUAAUAGUAGUAAUAAUAUUUUAGUGGAAGAUUUUAGUUUAAGUGUUAAUUUAAAUGAUGAUUACGAGUCCUUUGAUACGAAUUUUAGUGAUUUGCAAUUUCAUAAACAUCCAAAAGAGAAAGCCGAAAACCUCGUAACAUCAAAAAGUAAAAUAAAUGUUAGGGAUUCCCAAAAAAGUGUAGAAUUAUUGUCGCAUAAUGAGCCAGUAUCAGAAAAACAGAAGUCAAAUGAGGAGUUACUUAAAAUCAACAUGGAUAAAACAAAAAGGAAAGUGGAGGAUAACAGUGCAAGAUACAAAUGUGAAUAUGAUGGAUGCGAAAGGACUUAUAGUACAGUUGGCAAUCUCAGGACCCACAUGAAAACACACAAAGGCGAGUACAGAUUCGUGUGUCCCGUACAGUCCUGUAACAAAGCCUUCCUUACUUCGUAUAGUUUGAAGAUACACGUCCGAGCGCACACCAAAGCAAAACCCUUCGCCUGCACUAUUGGAAUCUGUAAUAAGGCCUUCAAUACACUUUACAGGCUCAGAGCACACCAAAGACUACACAGCGGCGAUACAUUCAACUGCCAAGCAGAUGGAUGCACAAAAUUCUUUACAACGCUAAGCGACCUUAAGAAACACAUUCGCACACACACGCAGGAGAGACCUUACAAAUGCAGAACAGACGGUUGCGGUAAAUCGUUCACCGCAUCUCAUCAUCUGAAAGCGCACGCCCGAACCCACUCUGGAUUGCGGCCGCACACGUGCGCGGCAACGGGAUGCGGUCGACAGUUCUCUACGCCGACAAAUUUGCGAGCACACGCCCAAAAACAUCAAAUCGAAGCCGACACUCCUAUAGUAGAAGUCAUGGAAAACGAUACAUCUAAAGCGACAAACGAUGCUAUGAACUGGGAGGGCCUUUUAGAAUCGUUUGGGAGAAUCACAACAGAGUCGAACUCAACUGAUGGCAGUUUAGACGACAUCGCUAUCGUAAACCCACUACCAAAUAAUAACGUAGAUAUAACAGAGUUGCUUUUUGAUGACACUACUAACCCCGCAAAAUUUGACGGAGUAAAUACUUUAGCAGUAGAUUACGAUUUGAACGCUUUAGAUGUAACAUUGCCUGAACUAACUAAGAAAUCUGAUAACAGUUCUUGGGUGGACGUGAGUACCUUACAGCCGAUUAUUCCCAUAACGGAAACCUCGAAAGACCAUCUAAAAGUUGAAAUUAAAUCCAAAGCCUUAGAGCUAGCGUUAGCUAACGAAAUCGAAGUACAGUCCUCUUGGGUUGAUGUCAGUGCAUUAGCUGCGUCAAUACAAGAUACUCCUGUUAGCAUAAAGGAGAAAACACCUGAAAGCAUCUUCACUCUUGCCACAUUUGUACCGACACAUAUGCAAAGUUACAUAGACCUUAACCCAGAAGUUGCGCCAACAGCAAAUAUUAUAUCUCAAAACUCCUUUGAUCUUGAUACCCCUACUAUACUUGAUGUCAGCAAUAAAGUGUUUAAUGACAGUGAAUUAGUAUCGAAUCUCGAACCUAAUAUAGCAUCAAAACUCGAUACAGAAAUAGAUAUUUUUCUUAAAGAUCCCGACUUGUCUAUUGAUAGAUCGUUAAAUACGCCACCUCCUUCAAAGGUUGAGCAAAAAAUUGAAAUAAAUCCAGCAAAUUCAGUUCUCUUUAAUACAGAUUUGGCAUUGGAAGAUACAUUACUAUUUGAUAAUGAACCACCUUCUGAUAUGUAUGUUGUAAGGACAGAGAACAUAUUUGGCAAGAAAUUUGUAAAGAAAAAUCCUUUAGAGCAACUAACAAAAGAUGCGGGUAUUUGUUCUUGUGAAAAUUGCGGAUGUGAUCCUUUUAAUGGAGAAUGUAGAAAUUGUGAUGCUGAAAAUGUGAAAAGUAAUGACAAAUCAAGUUGUUCAGAUGAUAAGUGUUCUUGUGUCGAUUGCAAGUGUAACCACGCUGAGAUGAAGUGCGCUGUCGGUUGUGGCAAGGCAACAGAUUCUAAUCAUAAUACCUUUUUACAUUACCAUCGACGGCAUAAUAAUUCUAAUUUAGAAGAGCUAGGAGUAUAUACCUUACACGAAUGCGACGAAAAUGCAUCUACAGUGAAUAUUGACAAUUUGCUUUGCUUGUGUAAAAGUAUGACGACACCUGAAUGUUGUACAAAAAACACUACACCGAGCGACAAUUGUUGCGGUGCUAAUAGUAAUAAAUCGUGUUGUGUGACAAUAUGUUUCAAGAAGAUAGAUGCUUUUAAACAAUUUUUGUCUGAUAACAACUUAGUGCAUGCUCUAAAAACGCACAAUUGGAACGUAACAGGCCUUUAA